AAAAAUUAAAAACUAAACGUAGUUGAAAACAUAGCCGGCUUACAAUCGAUUUUAAGCCGCCGCCGACAUAUUUAGUGCUCAAAAUGAACGCGCCGGACAAAUCUGAACCAAAAGUCUUCGUUAAAUGCGCUUUACCCCAGUGUAAAGGAUUACGUUUCAGUUUAUUCCAUAAAUUUCCACGAAAUCUUGAAAAAUGUAAAGCCUGGUUAGCAGCUUUUGAUAAUCCCACACUUUAUGCCAUUCCCCAUUUGCGCCUAAUAACUAUGGCUAUCUGCAGUCGUCAUUUUCGCAUUUCGGACUAUAGUCAUCCUGAAUCUAGGAAAUUAAAUGCAGUGGCAGUUCCAAGUUUAAAUCUGAAGACUCUUAAUCAACUGGACAUGUGCCGCCAUGGUAAAACGAAUAAGGUGGAAUAUGAUACUACUGAACGUUGGCCUCGUGAUAAUAUUAAUACGGAGGGGAAAGAAAAUAAUGAACCUAAUACAACCAAAGAUGAACUUAAUGAUGCAGAGGAAUUUCCAAUAUCCCCUAAAUGUUUUAGUAAUAUAAAUCAAAGUUCAUUAGCGUCUGAUGAUGCUGCUUUUCUUAAUGAUAAUUUGGUGUCCUCUAGCAAGGAUAUAAGUGAUUCAACUCUAGUCACUUCUUGUGUCAAAGAAGGUAAUGGGUUUGAGUUGGUGGUUAAUGAUGGUUUUAUACAGAUGAAAGAUUCUCAGCUGGAUACUGAGGUAAAAGCUGAUAUAUUAUGGAUGCGUCAUAUUUGUCGUUGUAGUGAAUGUUUUGAUAGUAAGAUAAAUAGGCCUUUGAUAGAGUUUUUUGAAUUUGAUCAGGAUUUGCAACCGGUAAUGGCCACGGUUAUAGAGGAAACUAGAAGAUUGGAUAUAAUAUGGAGUGAUGGUCACACUUCCUCCUACAAUCUCACAAAGUUAUACGAACAACUACAAAAAUCCCAAAUAACCAUCAGUCCUAACUAUUUAUUAUGGAAUUUUCAACACACUCAAUUUCGCGAUGAUUUACAAUCUAUGAACUUUUACGAACUCUUACAAUCGAACAAAUCGGGCAUCUAUAAAGCCUUAGAUCGUUUGCAAAAGUCAGGAGUAUUAAUCAUAAAACAAGUACCCAAAGAUGAUAAAGAUUCUUUACUAAAGAAAUGUAUCAUAACUAAAAUAUUUAAUAUUUCAUGCAAUCAAAUAAUUAACGAAAAACGACAAAAGUCCUUAGGAGAACACAAGACACCACAUUCAAAUUGUACUUUCGAAUCCAUGGACAAAGGCAUACAAAUACUGUCAGUGCCUCAGAAUAAAGAGCAUUUAAAAUUACAAUUAAAUUUAGUGGAUGGUUUUCAAGCCAUAGAACAAUUACCCAAAACUACACAAGAAUUUCUAGCACUUCAUCAAAUGGACUAUUGUUUUGAAGAUGACAAAGGUUUUAAUUAUAAAAUCAAACAACCAGUUUUAUGGAAAAGUGAUUUCAUGGAACGUAUUUGGUUUAAUCCUUAUCACUUGGAUUGUAUUAAUACACAAGAUUAUUGCUCGGCGACUAAACCCUUUAAACAUUUAAGUGUUGCCUUGAAAAUGCAACAGAACCAAUGGUGUGUGGAGUUAAAUUCGGAAAAUAUUAUUAUUUUAGAUAAUUAUCGCAUUUGUUGGAGUUUAAAAAAUAUCACAAUCGAUAGCGAAUUGGAUUGCAUGUACUUGGAGAGAAAACAUUACUUAAGCAGUUUGAAUAUAUUGAAGAAUAUUUGAUAAGGUAAUUUUUUCAUAUUUAAAUACAUUUCCCUUUAGAAAAGUAUUUUUAUUUUCUAUAUUACUGUUUUAAUGCUGAUUUAAUAAAAUAGUUAUUAAGAAAAAAAUA